UCGGGCGCGAGUUCCGCCGCGGGCUCGUCGGCCCCUCGGAGGCGGCGGGACGGGAUCCCGGCGGUCGGACCCACGGCGCGCCCCGAAGAGCAGGGCAGAUGGACACCUUCAGCACCAAGAGCCUGGCCCUGCAGGCCCAGAAGAAGCUCCUGAGCAAGGUGGCGUCCAAGGCGACAGUGGCUGUGUUCAUUGAUGACACGAGCAGCGAGGUGCUAGAUGAACUGUACCGCGCCACCAAGGAGUUCACCCGCAGCCGCAAGGAGGCCCAGAAGGUGCUCAAGAACCUGAUCAAGGUGGCAGUGAAGCUGGGCGUCCUGCUCCGCAGCGGGCAGCUGGGCGGCGAGGAGCUGGGGCUCCUGCAGCGCUUCCGCCAGCGGGCGCGCCGCCUGGCCAUGACGGCCGUCAGCUUCCACCAGGUGGCCUUCACCUUCGACAGGCGUGUGCUGGCCACCGCCCUCCUCGAGUGCCGGGACCUGCUGCACCAGGCCGUGGGCCCGCACCUCACCGCCAAGUCCCAUGGCCGCAUCAACCAUGUCUUCGGCCACUUUGCCAACUGUGACUUCCUGGCCGCGCUCUACGGCCCCGCCGAGCCCUACUGCUCGCACCUGCGCCGCAUCUGCGAGGGGCUCACCCGCAUGCUGGAUGAGGACAGCAUAUGACCCGUCCCCGGGCUUCCUGCUGGGGUUGGGGAUUUGUGGGCUUAUUAUUUUUUUAUGACCUCUUUCAUCCCCAGUCUGAUUCUAGCCAAACUC